UCAAAUCUCCCCAAGUAGGAUUCGAACCUACGACCAGUCAGUUAACAGCCGACCGCUCUACCACUGAGCUACUGAGGAACAACAGGAGGUUAGAUCUCAUAAAGUUCAAUUCCCGUUCUCAACACAUGACCCAUAUGAGCUCGAAGUUUCCUUUGUAACUCUCGGAACUUCUUCUUCGUGGCUCCGUUCCAUGCCUCAUUUCAUAGGGAACCUCAAAGUGGCUCUAUUUCAUUAUAUUCCAUCCAUAUCCCAAUUCCAUUCAUUUAAGAUCCCUUUGGUGUCAUUGAGAUAAGAGAUGUCGUUUCUAGUUUAUCUCUUUCUAUAUAUGGAAAGUUCAAAAAUCAUCAUAUAAUAAUCCAGAAAUGGAAAUAGAAAAGAACAAGGGGAGGUUUGGGAUGAUUUUUCAAUCUUUUAUACUAGGUAAUCUAGUAUCCUUAUGCAUGAAGAUAAUAAAUUCGGUCGUUGUGGUCGGACUCUAUUAUGGAUUUCUGACCACAUUCUCCAUAGGGCCCUCUUAUCUCUUCCUUCUCCGAGCUCGCGUUAUGGAAGAAGGAGAAGAAGGAACCGAGAAGAAAGUAUCAGCAACAACCGGUUUUAUUACGGGACAGCUCAUGAUGUUCAUAUCGAUCUAUUAUGUGCCUCUGCAUCUAGCAUUGGGUAGACCUCAUACAAUAACUGUCCUAGCUCUACCCUAUCUUUUGUUUCAUUUCUUCUGGAACAAUCACAAACACUUUUUUGAUUAUGGAUCUACUAACAGAAAUUCAAUGCGUAAUCUUAGCAUCCAAUGUGUAUUCCUGAAUAAUCUCAUUUUUCAAUUAUUCAACCAUUUCAUUUUACCAAGUUCAAUGUUAGUCAGAUUAGUCAACAUUUAUAUGUUUCGAUGCAACAACAAGAUGUUAUUUGUAACAAGUAAUUUUGUUGGUUGGUUAAUUGGUCACAUUUUAUUCAUGAAAUGGGUUGGAUUGGUAUUAGUCUGGAUACAGCAAAAUAAUUCUAUUAGAUCUAAUGUACUUAUUAGAUCUAAUAAGUACCUUGUGGCAGAAUUGAGAAAUUUUAUGGCUCGAAUCUUUAGUAUUCUCUUAUUUAUUACAUGUAUCUACUAUUUAGGCAGAAUACCGUCACCCAUUGUUACUAAGAAACUGAAAGAAACCUUAGAAACGGAAGAAACAGAUGUAGAAAUAGAAACAACUUCAGAAACGAAGGGGACUAAACAGGAACAAGGGGGAUCCACCGAAGAAGAUCCUUCUCCUUCCCUUUUUUCGGAAGAAAAGGAGGAUCCGGACAAAAUCGAUGAAACGGAAGAGAUACGAGUGAAUGGAAAGGAAAAAACAAAAGUGGAUCAGAAUCAAGAAAAUUCGAAGGUAGAAAUAUUGAACGAAAAAAAGGAUCUCCUUGGGUUUGAAUUAGAAAAACCCCUUGUAACUAUUCUUUUCGACUAUAAACGAUGGAAUCGUCCAUUUCGAUAUAUAAAAAACGCUAGAUUGGAAAAUUCUGUAAGAAAGGAAAUGUCACAAUAUUUUUUUCAUACAUGUCAAAUUGAUGGAAAAGAAAGAAUAUCUUUUACGUAUCCACCUAGUUUGUCAACCUUGUUAGAAAUGAUACAAAGAAAAAUGUCUCUGUUCACAACAGAGAACCCCUCUUCCAACGAAUUAUAUAAUCAUUGGAGCUAUAAUAAUGAAGAAAAAAGAAAAAACCUAAGCAACAAAUUUCUAAAUAGAGCCAAGACUCUAGACAAAACUUUAAAUAGUAAAUCCUUUAUUCUGGAUGGACUCGAAAAAAGAACUAGAUUGUACAAUGAUAAUACAAAAAAAAAAUACUUACCGAAAAUAUAUGAUCCUUUUUUAAAUGGAGCCUACCGUGGACAAAUUAAAAAAUUGUUUUCACUUUCAAUCCAAAAUGAAAUUGCCAAAAAAAAAUGACAUAGAAAGGGGUUGGAUAAAUAAAAUUCAUAGUCUCCUUCUUAUUAUAAA